GCCCGCCUCCUGGGGUGGAGCUGACGCCCGGGCCCGCCUUCCCCGUCGCCGUGUUUUUAGCUCACGGCCUGUGCCGUCCUCGUAGCUGCUGCAACGAGAGAGGCCGGCUGGUACAAGCCGCGAGUAGCUGGAUGCGGAUGUGCCUGUUCCUUCUGGGCUGCAGGGCAGGUUUCUCUCUGUUACCCCAUAGCAGCAGCACCACUGCCACAGGGUUUCCAGUCUUGUGGCGGCAUUUAACGACAAUGAAGGUGUGGUCUCCGGAGUUCCAGUCCCUCUUCACACCGGGAUUGAAGAGUGUAGCAGAAUUAUUUGACAAAGCCAAGCAUGAACUAAGAAUAGCUGGAGGCGCUGUAAGAGACUUGCUUAACGGGAGGACACCCCAAGAUGUCGACUUUGCCACCACUGCUACUCCAACUCAAAUGAAGGAGAUGUUCCAGAGCGCAGGUGUCCGUAUGAUCAACAACCGAGGGGAAAAACAUGGAACCAUCACUGCAAGGCUUCAUGAGCAGAACUUUGAAAUUACCACAUUGAGAAUCGAUUUGAUUACCGAUGGGCGACAUGCAGAAGUGGAAUUCACAACUGACUGGGAAAAGGAUGCAGAAAGGAGAGAUCUCACAAUCAAUUCUAUGUUCCUAGGCUUGGAUGGCACACUUUAUGAUUAUUUCAAUGGCUAUGAAGAUUUAAAAAACAACAAAGUCAGAUUUGUAGGACAUGCAGACCAGAGAGUAAAAGAGGAUUAUUUACGAAUUCUGCGUUACUUCAGGUUUUAUGGGAGGAUAGCAGAGCAGCCUGGUGACCAUGACUCCCAAACACUGGGGGCAAUCAAAGAAAAUGCCAAAGGCUUAGCUGGAAUAUCAGGAGAGAGGAUUUGGAUGGAAUUGAAGAAAAUUGUUACUGGGAACCAUGUUAAUCAUCUGGUUCGGCUGAUGUAUGACCUUGAAGUGGCUGGCUAUCUGGGAUUGCCCAUUAGUGGGAGCUUAAAGGAAUUUGACACAGUCUGUAAAAAUGUUCACAAUCUCUUUCCAAAACCCAUGACCGUUCUAACAUCGCUGUUCAAGGUACCAGAUGAUGUCUUGAAACUGGAUUUGAGGCUGAAAAUUUCAAAAGAUGAAAAAAAUCUUGGGCUAUUUCUGCUGAAACACAGGAGGGACCUGACCAAAGCUUCCGAUGCUGCCGAACCACUUAAACCUUAUCAAGACUAUGUUAUAGAUUCAAGGGAACCUGAUGCAACAUCCAAAGUCUGUGAGCUUCUGAAGUACCAAGGUGAAGAACAUCUUCUGAAAGAAAUGCAAGACUGGUCUAUUCCUGCUUUUCCAGUAAGCGGCCAUGACUUAAGAAGAAUGGGGAUUUCUUCUGGGAAGGAAAUUGGGACAUACUUACAGCAACUGCGGGACCAGUGGAAAAAGAGUGGGUACCAGAUGGAUAAGGAUGAACUCUUAAACUACGUGAAGAAGGCAUAAAACAAAACUAGAGAAGAUCCAGAUGUAAAAUAGUGCAAUUCAUAAAGUUGUUAUAACAAACUCUAUGUGCAAAUUAGUUUUUGUUAUCCAAUUUGGUUUUGAGAGUUUUCAGAAGAAUCUCUUUUUUUUCAUUUUAUAAGGAACACGGAGAUUCACAAAACGAUGUUCUUGUGGUAGUGUGUGGGUUCGUUCUUCAUGCCGAGGAAUAUAUUUUUGUUAUUGUAAUUACUUUUUUAAAAAAUGUAUACUUUAUUAACACCUUUUAAAGGACAAACAGAUACCAGGGGCAGAGCGAGAACUCCUGAUUUCCUCUACGUCAAAUAUAAACACAGUAAAAAAUUUACCACUAUCUCCCUAAUUACAAUUAUGAAACUAUUAUGCAACUACUGAUUGAGUAAGAUUCACAGUUUUCUCUUUUAUAUCCAUUUUUUUAAUUUUCCUAGUGCUCAGAUCCACAAAUCAUUUUUUUCUGUUAUAACCACAGAGUCUAUCAGGGGUUUCCUGUUACUGAUAAACUUAAAUUCUUUUCUCUAAUCAAUGAAGUCCCCUUAGCCAUCUGGACCAAUUCUAAUAUCUUCACAAGCCAUUCUUCUGUUGUGGGUGAAUUUCACAUGGGCCAAAAACAGCGGUGUGAAAACGGUUUAAAAUGGUUUAAACCGGUGUAGAAAGGUUUAAAAUGUUUUCACACUGUUUUCAAACUGCUGUUUUUGGCCCAUGCGGAAUCCGCCUAUUUUUUCUCAAACCAUCUGUCCAUAUGGUAUUGUGUUAAACACAAGCAAAACUAACGCAGAGAUCAACUAUCUUCUUCUCUACCUGAGCAUGUUUUAAACAAAAUACCUUUUCAGAGUUUAGCUUCAGCAGGUGAAAUAGAGACCAAAGUGGGAUUUAUAAUGAUUUUGAACUCAACUGAGUGUCAGUUAAAAUCUUUCUUCACCAAUUCACAAAUAAGCUGCUGUAUCAUGGAUAACAUCAAGAGGUAUUUUGCAAGCCAGUAGAUGAGAUUUUAUGCCCCCUCUCCCGCCCCAGGGCUCGACACAUAGAGUGAACGCCAGUGCUUUAAAUUAAGUGUUGGACUGAAGAGGUUUUGGUGCAAGUGUUCAUUGUCAUAGAAUGGAAAGUUCACCUUGAUUGACAGUUUGCUAUUAGUAUCCAUUCAUUGUGGAAAAACAAAGUAGAUAUUAACUGCAGCUGAAUAAUAACUAGGUGUAAUAAGUUAUCAGCUUUCUUUCUUUAUGAUGUUCUUGACCUCUUUCUGCCUUCUUCCACAAAGCUUACAUGUACUUCUGGUUUCCUUCUUCUUACCAGCCCCUCUUAGUAUUUUUUGUGAAUUCCUUGACCCCUUCUUUCUUCCCUACUGUUCCUUCUUGGGUUUUUUUUAGUUCUGAGGUAGAGGCUGCGCCUUGUCCCCUCUCCAAGCAGAUUAGUAUAAAAAAGGUUUGAGGUAUAUUGCAGGCACAAAAAGCAUGCUGUGUUUGCAUUUAGAGAAAUGAUCAGCCCACUGACCCACAUAUCCUUGUGUUGUGUUCACUGACUCUUAGAAGACUGAGAGUGUUCCACCCUGGCAAGCAAAGCUUCCUGAGGACUUUUCCCCCCUGAUUUUUUAAAAAUCUAAUCUUAGUAUUCUUUGGUUAUACACUCUCUGCGUUAGAUGAUAGGCCUUUCUGCAUUACAGAAUGUGCUUUGAUAUCAUAGCACUAGACUAGCCAAAAUCUGCCUUACGCUUUGUUCCCUGAGAGAACUGAUUACUGAAGCGUUCUCAAAAUGUUUAAGUGUUACCUAGUUGGUCUAGUUCAGGGGUCUGCAACCUGCAGCUCUCCAGAUGUUCAUGGACUACAAUUCCCAUCAGCUCCUGCCAGCAUGGCCAAUUGGCCAUGAACAUCUGGAGAGCCGCAGGUUGCAGACCCCUGGUCUAGUUUGAAUACUGGUGAAGAGUGGCUGCUGCCCACUAGAUGGCAGCACAGCAGAACCAUUUAUAGCUGGCAGGUGAUGUGGUAUACCUUUUUGAUAAUUACGUGUGCCGCUGGUUACAGCACACCUAUGAUGCAAAUUCUGUUUGUGGGGUUGGAGUAUACCAGCAGCAUUUGGAAAGACAUUUUCGGCCACCUUUGAGCGAGGUGAAAAAGUCAUUCCAUUGCCAGAAAGCCUUCAGUCAGUGGGGAUUUUCAGUAGGAUUCUAGUCACAGAAAUACAGAUCUUAACAAGUGUUUUAGACUACAUUCUAGUUGCAAAAUUUAUCUUUGUGCUUUGGGUAUCUCACUGAACUAAACUGUUCCGGAUGUGAGUUGCUGUAAACCACUGAUGUGUUCAGGCCUUUUCAAAGCACUUUGCAUGCCUUCCCUGAGUAUUUCAUUUGUAUGGCAAACUGGUUUGCUGAGAACAUUUCUGGGGGCCCAGUUAGUUCAAAACAUUUCGUUCUGCCAUUCGUUGUAGAAAAGUCAUUUUCAAUGCAGUAGCUUUCUAGUUGUGUUCGGACAUCCAAAUAUCUAAAGUUCGCUGUCAUGAUAAAAUUGAAACUGGCACAAGGCAUGUUGCCAACUCCAGUUCUCAGUAUUAAAAUUGUAUACUAUAAUAAAUUUUAUUUUUUAGUAUAUCUGA